GGGAAUGUUAGAUGAGUUGAUCAUUCUGUGCACCAGCAGGUCUGUUAGCUUCAGUCCCAUAUAAUCCGAAGUUCUGGCCGACUCGACGCCAUGGCGACCUCUAGUAUGCGCGGCUUGUCAGUGUUCAUAUCGGACAUUCGCAACUGCCAGAACAAGGAGCAGGAGCGACUGCGAGUCGACAAGGAGCUCGCGAACAUUCGCACGCAUUUCAAGGCCGAGCGGAAGCUGACGCCGUACGAGAAGAAGAAGUACGUGUGGAAGCUGCUCUACAUCUUCAUGCUCGGCUACGACGUGGACUUCGGCCACAUGGAGGCCGUCUCCCUCAUCUCCGCGCCCAAGUACGCCGAGAAGCAGGUGGGGUACAUGGUGACGUCAUGCCUGCUGAACGAGAGCAACGACUUCCUGCGGCUCGUCAUCAACUCCGUCCGAAAUGACAUCAUCGGCCGCAACGAGACCUUCCAGUGCCUCGCCCUCACCAUGGUGGGCAACAUCGGAGGCAAGGAGUUCUCAGAGUCCGUUGCGCCUGAUGUGCAGAAGCUGCUGCUGUCGAGCUCAGCGCGACCGCUGGUGAAGAAGAAGGCGGCGCUGUGCCUGCUGCGGCUGUUCCGGAAGAACCCCGAUAUCAUCAGCACGGAGACGUGGCCUCAGCGCAUGGCGAGCUUACUAGAGGAGCGCAACAUUGGGAUUCUGCUGGCCGCCAUGUCGCUGCUGGUGGCGCUGGUGGCGGCCAACCCGGAGGCGUACCUGUGCUGCGUGCCCAAGUGCGUCAAGGUGCUGGAGCGCCUCUCCAAGUGCGUCGACAUCCCGCAGGACUACACCUACUACGCCAUCCCCUCGCCCUGGCUGCAGGUGAAGACGAUGCGCGUGCUGCAGUACUUCCCCUCCAUUGAAGACCCCUCCAUCCGCAAGUCGCUGCUUGAGGUGCUGGCGCGCAUACUGCAGGGCACGGAGGUGGUAAAGAACGUCAACAAGAACAACGCCGCGCACGCCAUUCUCUUCGAAGCCCUCGCCCUGGCCAUGCACAUGGACGCGGAGCGCGAGGUGAUGCAGCACUGCGUGGCGCUGCUGGGGAAGUUCCUGGGCGUUCGCGAGCCCAACAUCCGCUACCUCGCGCUUGAGAACAUGGCGCGCAUGUUGAUGGUGGCAGAUGUGCAGGACGACAUCAGAAGCUUCCAGAGCCAGAUCGUGCACUCGCUGAAGGACCCUGACAUCAGCAUUCGGCGCCGCGCCCUCGACCUGUUGUACGGGCUGUGCGACAUCGACAAUGCCAAGUUCAUCGUGGAGCAGCUGCUCGAGUACCUGACGAUAGCUGACUUUGUGAUUCGCGAGGAGCUCACCCUCAAGACCGCCAUUCUUGCAGAGAAGUUCGCCGUGGAGCUGCCAUGGUACGUGGAUGUGAUUCUGUGCCUCAUUGAGCGCGCGGGCGACUUUGUGAGUGAGGACGUGUGGUACAGAGUGGUGCAGAUCGUCACCAACAACGACGACUUGCAGCCCUACGCCGCCUCGAGUGUGCUCAAGCUGAUUAGGAAGCCGGCCGUGCACGAGACCAUGGUCAAGGUGGGCAGCUACAUCUUGGGCGAAUUCAGCCAUCUUCUGCCAGCGCAGCCGGGCUCCACACCAGCCGACGUCUUCGCUGUGCUGCACGACAAGUUCCACACCGUCUCCAUCCCCACGCGCGCGCUCAUGCUGUCGGCGUAUGUGAAGCUGGCCGUGCGCUCACCCCCAGAUGACGCCCUGCACGCCAAGCUCAUGGCCGUCUUCACACGCUAUGAGAGCAGUGUGGACGCUGAGGUGCAGCAGCGCGCAGUGGAGUACGCCUCGCUGUGCCGCAGGGGCGGGGCCGCCAUGGCUGACAUCGUGGCGGACAUGCCCAAGUUUCCGGAGAGAGAGUCCUCGCUGCUGCGCAAGGCGCCCGACAACGAGGGUGACAGUGCGGAGGUCAGUGCGGUGAAGCUGCGGGCGCAGCAGGGCAACGCCCUCGCCCUCGUGCCCGUCACCGCCGCCAAGCACCCCUCCGCACCCCUUGCUCCUGCUGCCGCUGACUCUGCUGGAGGGGUGGGGCCCGUGCGGCGACCUCAGCCUGCGGCUUCUGCUGAUGUGACCCCCUCAUCCCCACCCUCCACCGCCCAGCCCCCACCAUCCCAGCCGCCCGCCUCCCUUGUGGACGAGCCUGCGGCCGCCCCACCCCCCUCAGCGGGCAAUGAGCUCGCCCUCGUGCCGGCAGGCGACACCGCUGCUGCCAGCGCCGUGGGCGAUCUGCUGGGGGAGCUCUUGUCCCUUGACCCUUCGGCCUCUGCCUCCGCCCCUACUGCUGCUCCUGGUGCCCCCGCUGCCGCUGCAGGCGCUGUGGGGCAGGGUUUGGGAUCCCCUGGUGGGGCAGAGGCAGGCGCCAUGGCGCUCACCCUAUUCGACCAGACUGCUGCUCCCGCUGCCGUGGUGCAGCCCCUGGGCAGUGUGGCGGAGUGGUUCCGCGCGCUGAUGGGCAAGGACAGUGGGGUGCUCUACGAGGACCCACACCUGCAGAUCGGGGUGAAGAGUGAGUGGAAGCCCCCCCACGGCCGCCUCGUGCUGUUCCUGGGCAACAAGGAGACGGCGCCACUCACCGCUCUGCACGCCUCCACACCUCCCACGGCCGGCCUCAGAGUCAUCCUCUCCCCGCUGCCGCAAGUCAUUCCGCCCCGCGCCCAGAUCCAGCUGCCAGUGGAGGCGGCAGCAGUGCUGGUGCCCCGUGACGCCCCGCGUCUGGACCUGGCCUACACGCUCCCCUCGGGCGUGCGCGUGCCGCUGCGCCUGCACCUGCCGGUGGCGCUGAGCAAGGCGCUGCUGCCGGCGUCGCUGUCCUCCACCGACUUCUUUGCGCGCUGGAAGACGCUGUCCGCCCCGCCGCACAAGCAGCAAGUCGUCCUGCGGGGAGUGAAGCCCCUGCCGUUGCCUGCAUUGGCGCAGCUGCUGGCGUCGCUGCACGUCAACCCCCUGCCCAACCUGGACCCCAACCCUAACAACAUAGUGGCGUGCUGCACGCUACACACAGAGACCACCCCACCCACGCUCCUGCUCGCGCGUCUGGAGACGGACCCCACAGACCGCUCUCAGCUGCGCCUCACCUGCGCCUCCUCUGACCCCACUGCCUCCGCUGCCCUCAAGGACUUCAUCUCAGACAACAUCAGCGAGCUGCCGCCUGCCUGGCUGCAGCCGCCCCCAGUUGCCACCCAGCAGCAGCAGGGGGGAGCAGCAAUGCUCGCCCUGCCCUGGUCUGGCGCCCCUGCUGUAUCUUCCCCUCCUGGCCCCACUGCCCCUGCGCCUGCUGCUCCCCAGCAUGCCCCUCAUAUGAUGCUGCCAGGCGCUGCCCCCCCCCCUGCUGCUGGCAUGGCGCCCAUGCCAUAUGGGGGCAUGCCCAUGCAGCCCCCAGGGAUGGGCAUGGGCGGGCCCAUGGGCAUGGGAGGGCCAGGCAUGGCGCCUCCCAUGCAGAUGGGUGGCGGCAUGGGCAUGCCGGGUGCCAUGGGGCCGCCAGGCAUGGGCAUGGGGGGGCAGAUGCCCAUGCACAUGGGGGGGAUGCCAGGAGCCCCGCAGGGAGGAAUGCCCAUGGGAGGAUCGAUGCCCGGUGCCAUGGGCAUGCCUGGUUACAGGCCAGGACCAGGAGGGCCUGGCUCUGGUUCCCUGCUCUAACCACAAGGGCGUCUAUCUGUAGGCUGAAUAAGGUGUAUAAAUGAAGUUUUUGUGCUAGUAACAAUGACGGAUUUUCUGAAGAUGCUUGCCUCGUUUCCCAUGCUAUCACAAGAAGCUUGCUGGUUCUAGAAACCACAAGUUGUGGGGUGUACAGGUAGUGUAUGAUAUAUGCGUUUUGAUAGUAGGACGUA